UCCUCUUUAGCCUCCUCUUUAGACAAGAUGGCCACGCCGAGUCCACCCACGAGUACUCCUGCUGCCACCCCAGCCCCAGCACCGGCUGCGGCUCCUGUUCCAACCUCAGCCCCAGCUCCGACUCCGGCUCAGACUCCUGCCCCCUCCUCGGCCCCGGCUCCGGCUCCUGUCUCGCCCUCGGACCCCAACGCCCCAGCGACUACGCCCGCCGGCUCGGGCCAGACCUCGGCCGCAGCGCAAGCCCCGGCGCAGACCCCUGCGCCGCCGCCGCCCGGCCCGGCUCUCCCUGGGCCCUUCCCUGGCGGCCGCGUGGUCCGUCUGCACCCAGUCAUUUUAGCCUCCAUCGUGGACAGCUAUGAGCGACGCAAUGAGGGCGCUGCCCGAGUUAUCGGGACUUUGCUGGGAACUGUCGACAAGCACUCAGUGGAAGUUACAAAUUGCUUUUCAGUGCCCCACAAUGAGUCUGAGGAUGAGGUGGCUGUUGACAUGGAAUUUGCUAAGAACAUGUAUGAGUUACACAAGAAAGUCUCUCCAAAUGAACUCAUCCUAGGCUGGUACGCUACAGGCCACGACAUCACAGAACAUUCUGUACUGAUUCAUGAGUACUAUAGCCGAGAGGCCCCCAACCCCAUUCACCUCACUGUGGACACCAGCCUCCAGAAUGGCCGCAUGAGCAUCAAGGCCUAUGUCAGCACUUUAAUGGGUGUCCCUGGAAGGACCAUGGGAGUGAUGUUCACACCUUUGACAGUGAGAUACGCAUAUUAUGACACCGAACGCAUUGGAGUUGACCUCAUUAUGAAGACCUGUUUUAGUCCCAACCGGGUGAUUGGACUCUCAAGUGACUUGCAGCAGGUUGGAGGAGCAUCAGCCCGCAUCCAGGAUGCCCUGAGCACAGUAUUGCAGUAUGCAGAAGAUGUGCUAUCUGGAAAAGUGUCAGCUGACAAUACUGUGGGCCGCUUCUUGAUGAGUCUGGUCAACCAAGUACCUAAAAUUGUUCCUGAUGACUUUGAGACCAUGCUUAACAGCAAUAUCAACGACCUGCUGAUGGUGACCUACUUGGCUAAUCUCACACAGUCACAGAUUGCCCUCAAUGAGAAACUUGUAAACCUGUGAACAGGCCCUAAGAAG